AUGGUCAAGAAAGUGGAGGUGCUGGUGCUCAGUGGCCUGCUGGGCGCGCCUUGCGUCAUCAUUCUGUCCGUGUGUGCAGCGUCACCGUCACUGUUUGCUGUGCACCCUGCAGCGAAUGCCGUGGCUUUUCUACUGUGCUUUCCACUGGGACUGUACGCGAUGCUUGAGCGAAAAGGUGUACCCGACUUUCGGACACGAGUGUUUCUGGUUAAAGUGCACCUGUUUUCUCAAGUAGUCGCGAUGUUCUUACUGAGUAUCGGAGGCGCAGCAGCUUAUUGGACUAAGAACGCAUUUGGAAAAGAACAUUUGACGUCCACACACUCGUGGGUCGCCGUUGUGACCUCGAUACUUUCCACGCUCAAUUUGCUCGGUGGCCUCGUUACCACAUUCGGUCGAAAAAAGACGAGAUGGCAGUGGAAAGACCUGACUCACCGUGUCAAUGGCACCUUGGCAAUCAUGGGUGGAGGCAGCAGUGUGAUUCUUGGCAUGUACAGCGGCACGUGGGGUAGUGUUCAGCUGGGCGAGGACUUGCAAUUUAAAGUGGUGAGCUCGGUGGCCACUGCGUACCUUUUACUAUUUGUAAAGGGGGUGAUGACGAGCUUUGAGACGCCUUUGGCAAAGUUGAGCGACUGA